CGGACUGUGGGCUGCUUGUGGCCGAAGCCGGGGGCGAGAAAUACUCUCGCUCAGGCUCUGGUCGGCCGCGCUGGUCAACCGUGGGAAGCGGGAAAGCCAAGAGUGCCCAGUAAUUAGGAGCGCGGAAGGAAAAGCGGAAGCCCAGCGUCUUUGAAAGUUGAGAGAGAACGACAGCAGCUGUUAUCUCUCCCCCUUCGCUGCCGCAUCUCCGCAGACCAGCUACUUCGGGAGAAGGGAACGGACGGAGGGAGCGACUGGCUUGGUCUUGGGUCUUCGAGACCUCCCCGCCUCCUUAAGCAACUCCCAUAGUCUUCCCAACCUGCCACCUGUUGUCGUUAUUUUGUUCCUAGUGGAUUUGUCGUGUAUCACUUUACUUCGCCCUCCUGACUGUCUUCUAGUCCCGGGCUAAGGGUUAAGAGCUGGAACUUAUUUUUAUAGAGUGCUCCCCGAUCGGGGCUGCAAAAUCCGGAUGACCAUUAGAUGGCAGCAAAAAAGAAAACCCUGCCUUUUCUCUAUCGCCUUAAUAAUCUGCCGGAUUUCUGCACCCUAGAUCUGGUUUUGCUGGCUGCAGCUUCUGCUCCCUGUUCUCCAAAUACAAUUUUGACAGUUGCUUCAAGUUCAGAAAGGAGAAUUAUUGAUGCAGAAGACCAUACCUCUUGAACUUCUGUUUAGUGAAAAAUGAUAUUGAGGAAAGAGGAAGUGCAAAGCAAGGACAUGAUUCAAUUCCCAACUUUCGAUGCUGGUCAUUCACAUCUGGUUCAUCUGUUAAGUAGAAGAAAUGAUACUCACCCUCCAAAUGAGACCUACUGUUACAGUUCUGCGCGAGGAACUACUGUACUUCAAGGAGUAACCUUUGGUGGGGUUCCUACUGUCCUGCUGCUUGAUGUAAUCUGCUUUUUGAUGUUGGUGUUGAUAUUUUCCUUUAUUAGAAGAAGAUUUUGGGAUUAUGGUCGUAUUGCAUUAGUAUCAGAAAGGUAUUAUGAAGGAAUUGAGUCCACUACUAUUUUUGAAGAAUCUGAUUCUGAAGAGGGAUUUUGUUCUUGGAUGAUCUCUGCUUUUCGCAUGCAUAAUGACGAGAUUUAUGAACAGUGUGGACAUGAUGCUAUUACUUAUCUCUCCUUUCAACGGCAUCUCAUCUGCCUCUUGACUGUGGUCAGCUUGUUGUCUUUGUGUAUUAUACUACCUGCAAACCUAUCAGGUGACUUGCUUGAUAAAGAUCCGUAUAGCUUUGGAAGAACUACUAUAGCAAACCUACGAAUAGGGAAUAAUCUUCUCUGGCUACAUACAAUUUUUGCUGUGAUUUACUUGAUUUUGACAGCUAUCUUUAUGAAACAUCAUGUGGGUUCCAUUAAAUACAAAAAAGAAAGCAUAGUAAAGCGCACAUUGUUCAUAACCGGCCUUCCCAAAAAUGCCAGUGCAACAACCAUUGAAAAUCACUUCAAAGAGGCCUAUCCAACUUGCAUUGUGCAGGAGGUGCAGUUAUGUUAUGAUGUAGCCAAACUCACAUACCUGUCUGAUGAAAGAAAAAAGGCAGAGAAGAAUGUGGCUUAUUAUACCCAACUGUUUGAGCAGAGUGGUAAAAGAUAUCGCAUAAAUACAAAGCCAUGUGGUCAGUUCUUUUGCUGUAACACCAGAGCAUGUGAAAGGGAAGAUGCUAUAGAUUACUAUACUGGAGUUACCCAAAAAUGUAUAGAAGAAUACGUGAAAGAAGAGGAGCUAAUUCAUGAUAAGCCAUUGGGAAUGGCUUUUGUAACAUUCCAGAGGAUAACUAUGGCCUCUCUCAUUCUUAAAGAUUUCAAUGCCUGUAAAUGUCAAGGUUUUAAGUGCAAAGGAGAACCUCAACCAUCAGCCUAUAGCAAAGAUCUUCAGAUUUCCAAAUGGAAUAUUAAAUACGCUACAUAUCCUCAGGAUGUUUGUUGGAAUAAUCUCUCAACUCAAGGACGGAAUUGGUGGGGUAGAUGGCUUUUUAUCAAUUUACUCCUUUUUGUGGGCCUCUUUUUCUUGACAACCCCUUCUAUCAUUAUUUCAACAAUGGACAAGUUCUAUGUAACCAAACCUAUUCAAUAUCUUAAUAAUCCUGUUAUUAGCCAAUUCUUCCCAACACUCCUUUUGUGGUCCUUUACAGCUUUGCUACCAACAAUCGUCUAUUAUUCAACAGUGUUUGAAUCACACUGGACAACGUCUGAUGAAAACAGAAUAAUGAUGCACAAGAUUUAUUCAUUUUUGAUCUUCAUGGUACUAAUAUUACCUUCGCUUGGUUUGACUAGUCUGGAUUUCUUCUUUCGCUGGGUAUUUGAUAACGCAUCUGAAUCUAAAAUUAGAUUAGAAUGUGUAUUUUUGCCUGAUCAGGGAGCUUUCUUUGUGAACUAUGUAAUUGCAUCAGCUUUUAUUGGCAAUGGAACACAACUGUUGCGUUUCCCAGGCCUUAUUAUGUACACCAUUCGCAUGAUGAUGGCCAAAUCUUCUGCUGAGAGAAGAAAUGUUAAGCAGCAACAAGCUUAUCAAUUUGAAUUUGGAGCAAUGUAUGCUGGGAUGUUAUGUGUAUUCACGGUCAUCAUGGCAUACAGUAUUACAUGUCCUAUUAUUGUCCCAUUUGGGUUAAUUUAUCUAUUGCUGAAACAUACAGUUGAUCGCUACAACCUCUAUUAUGCAUACCUUCCUACUAAACUAGAGAAGCAGAUUCAUAUUGCAGCCGUGAGUCAGGCAUUAGCAGCUCCCAUCCUCUGCCUUUUCUGGCUGUUUUUCUUCUCAUUUUUAAGAUUAGGAUUUAAUGCACCUACAACAUUACUUACAUUCUUAGUUGUAUGCAUAACAAUUGUUAUUUGCAUAACAUAUACCUGUUUUAGCUUGUUCUGGUAUCUGACCCCCAUGCAAUACAAGGAAGAAAAAUAUCUGUCUAGGGAUAAAGAAAAUAAAACUGAUUUUGCACCAGGUCCAAAAUCUUCUAUCUAUGUUCCUCGUGUUCUGCAGCAUGUUUCUACCGAAAAAAGUGUCUUAUCUUCUACAGGUCAGAUAUCCUAUGGAGCUAUAUCAGGAAUAGACACAAUGGGGAAAGAAGAUGUGAUCUGUGUCUCUUAUGCUGAGGAAUCAGGUGUUGAAGAGAUGUGAAAAAUGUGUGUCUUGGUAUCAUGGACUAACACAAGAUGGCACACUUAGCCGUUUCAAAAGAGCAGAUUUCACAAAUGGAUUCCUGUGUUGUAGCGCAUUUUUGUUGAGAAACAUUACCUCUUCAUGUAAAGGACCAGAAUUUAUGAAGCUACAUUCAGGGAGUUUCACAAAGACACUAUCUUGGAAGUAGGUAAUUUUUAUGGGUAAUCACUUCUGUUAUGCUUUGCACGCUGAAUAAGAAUGCUUAGAAAACAAAUUUGAGCAUAUUUAAUUAUUUGCCUUUAUAGAAAUAUUUAUGGGCAAGUGCCAGAGCACUGGUUGCUAAACACUUGAGGAUUUAUAACUGAAGGAACAUCUGUUUCUAUUAAAUGUAGAAAAAACGGGUAAAUUAUAAGCUGGGGAGUAUUCUGAUUUCCUUCUGUUAACCCCAUAGCUUAUCAAAUCAAAAGUAUUUUCUUUCUUGUAAAAGAAUUUUUCUACAAAAAGUAGAGAAAAUAUGUGUCAAAACCUAAAUGACUUGGAAAUGACAGACUAUAUGUGGCUGAGAACUGUUAUUUAUGGGACUACUUAAGUUAAUUUUCUAGUCACAGUUUUAAGGGCCUCACAUAAAAGAAGCUAACGUGUCAAACAAUAAAGGAUGUAAACAUUUUAUUAUUUUUAAUCUCUAAGGUUUAUUUUUUUAAGAAUCUUUAAAUCUGCUAAAGUAUCACAAAUAUGUUACACUGUUUCUGAAUUAUGAGAUAGAUAAAUUUUUUGGAAGAAGUAAUGUUAAAUUUAAAUGUAAUUAAACAAUCACUUUCAAUAAAAAACUGAAUUCAAAUGCA